ACAGCUGUGAGCUGCUGCUGUGGCUAUUGCUAAAGGGAGGAGAAAAUCUCACGACGGAGGGCUUCUUAUCUCUGUUAUUCCCAGCUAGGACAUUUGAAGGACUGUAACGAGAACUAGACUGUAAAACCGACGCGUGUCCGGCGCGACUGAAAUAAUAAUUAAUACCCAGCCGUCAGAAUAGUCGAUCUGUGUCCACUCUACCUGCUCAAAUGCUGUCAGAUCUAAUCCAAAUGCAGUCCUUCACAACAGGGGAACUGAAAAAAAGGACCUUCCUCCUGUUCCCAAUGCUUUUAGAAAGUGUGCUUUUCUCUGUGUUGCUAAGAACAGCAUUGGCUGCAGUCCAAAGCCUGGAAAAUGGAUCUUGAGGCUUUAGUUGCUUGUCACUGUGGCUGAGCUGAACGAUGGUGAAGCCAGACAUUCACACUCUGGCCCACCACCUGAAGCAGGAGCGGCUGUACGUGGCAUCAGAGAAACAACUCAUCCAGCGGUUAAACAAUGAGGUGCUAAAGACUGCAGAGAAGCUCUACCGCACAGCCUGGAUCGCCAAACAGCAAAGGAUCAACCUCGACCGCCUCAUCCUCACCAGUGCGGAGGCCUCCCCAGCAGAAUGCUGCCAGCAUGCCAAGGUGCUGGAGGACACACAGUUUGUGGAUGGUUAUAAGACACUGGGCUUUCAGGAGAGCAUCUACGGGGAGUUCUUGAGCCAUUUGAGGGAGAACCCACGGUUGGUGGCCUCCUGUCUGGUAGCAGGAGAGAGACUCAAUCAUGAGCACACACAGGGAGUCAUAUACGCAGUCUUCACCUCGCUCUAUGGCAACUGCAUUAUGCAAGAGGAUGAAAGCUACCUGCUGCAGGUACUACGUUAUUUGGUGGAAUUUGAGCUAAAGGAAAAUGACAACCCUCGGCGCCUGCUACGGCGAGGCACGUGUGCAUUCAGCAUCCUCUUUAAACUGUUCUCCGAGGGCCUGUAUUCAGCCAAGCUAUUCCUUACCGCCACCCUCCAUGAACCCAUCAUGCAACUGCUGGUGGAGGACGAGGACCAUCUAGAGACAGAUCCAGGCAAACUUAUCGAGCGCUUCACCCCCGCCCAGCAGGAGCGGCUGUUCGGUGAGAAAGGGACAGAUGAAUACCGCAGAAAGGUUCAGGCUGCGGUGGAGGCCAAUGAGGCCAAACUAGUGGCCCUGGUCAACUCUUUCAUUGGCUGCCUUAAGCAGAACACCUACUGCUUCCCACAGAGUCUGCGCUGGAUUGUGUUUCAGAUGUAUAAGACGUUGGCACGGGUGGAGAGGUUAGAGGUCGGGGAGGCAAGGACGAUGUGCACUGAUUUGCUGCUCACAUGUUUCAUCUGCCCAGCCAUAGUCAACCCUGAGCAGUAUGGCAUCAUCUCAGAUGCACCAAUCAAUGAGGUGGCACGCUUCAACCUCAUGCAGGUGGGGCAGUUGUUGCAGCAGUUAGCCAUGUCUGAUGCAGAUGAUGGAGACCCUCGACGUAAAAGCAGUUUGUUAAAGUUUGAUAAGAUGUGUGUUGCUGCCUUUUUGGAUGUUGUCAUUGGUGGAAGAGCUGUUGAGACUCCGCCAAUGACCUCAAUGAACUUGCUGGAGGGCCUUACGCGGACUGUGGUUUACAUGACUCAUAAUCAGCUUUUGGCUCUGGUGGACUUUGUGCGUAGUGUGACGGCAGGUGAUCAGCUCAGAGAGGAGGAUCACCUGGCUCUGGAAACCCUACUGGCCAACAUACCUCAGUCCCGCACAAAAAAGAGCAACAGUUUGGAGCUUACGCCAUCUAACACACCCCAGCUCUCCCCAGUCACUACGCCUGCCAACAAGAAGAACAGACUUCCUAUUGGACAACAGUUGGCUGCCAUUACGUGUUGGGAGCCCUCUGCCACAGCCCUGUCUGCUCAUAUACCUUUAGUAACCCCGUUUGGCUCUCGCAGCCGCAGCCGGUCCAACAUGGCCCAGGAGGGCGAGACUGAGGCCAGCUCCCAGGAGUCUCUGCAGGAGGUCAUGCCAGAAGAAGUGCUAGUCAUCUCGCUCGGAACCUCAAUACAGACCGUACCUGGAAUGAUGUCAGAGAAUGAGGUCCUGACUCUGCAUCUUGGAGACUGUGGACAAGGAGAUGCCCCAGUCGAUGACACCAAACUGCACGGCAAACCUGACAAAACACUGCGCUUCUCACUCUGCAGUGACAACCUGGAGGGCAUUUCUGAGGGGCCAUCUAACCGCUCAAAUUCAGUCUCUUCUUUGGACCUGGAAGUGGAGUCUGUGUCAGGAGGAGGACCGGGGCCCUCUGGUAGUAAUGGUGCAGAGGCCUUGCAGCUACUAGAACAUGAACAAGCCACCACUCAGGAUAAUUUGGACGAUAAAUUGCGCAAGUUUGAGAUUCGGGACAUGAUGGGCCUGACGGAAGACCGGGACAUUUCUGAGACCGUAAGUGAGACAUGGAGCACAGAUGUCCUGGGCAGUGACUUUGACCCCAAUAUGGAUGAGGAUAGAUUGCAGGAGAUAGCAGGGACUGCGGCGGAGAACGCGUUGGGGAGCUUGCUUUGUCUGCCUGUUCUUCUGGACCCAUACGGUUCUACCAUCUCUGAAACGACAAGUGAGGCAUGGAGUGUAGAGGUGCUGCCCAGUGACUCAGAAGCUGCAGAUCUGAAGCAGGAGGAACGCUUGCAAGAGCUAGAGAGCUGCUCUGGUGUUGGGAGCACUUCAGACGACACAGAGGUCAGAGAGGUCAGCUCCCGACCCAGCACCCCGGGGCUCAGCGUUGUUUCAGGCAUCAGUGCCACAUCGGAGGACAUCCCCAAUAAGAUUGAGGACCUACGCUCUGAGUGCAGCUCAGACUUCGGAGGGAAAGAUUCCGUAGCCAGUCCAGAUGGAGAGGACUCAGCACAUGGGGCUCACAGUCUGUCCUGCGCACCUUCUCAAGCAGACUCACUGCUGGCCAUGUUUGAUCCUCUCUCCUCUGGAGAAGGGUCUUCCACCGGUACCAUCGUGCGGCCCAAGGUACACUAUCCCCGUCCCCCUCACCCUCCACCUGAUCCACCCAUUCCAGAGGCCAGCAUAACAGGCCAACAGGAGCCUCGCCCGCCCCUCUUUGCUCCCCACCUGACCCAGAGUGACCUGGAGCAUCCCAAGCAAAGGCACUCUUACCCUGAAAGACUGGUUAGGAGCCGCAGCACAGAUGUGGUGUCUGCUGGCCGCAGACCCAACAGUGAUCCUGGACUGAACCGCAGGAACAUGAUGGAGGAGAGAGACCCUGCCGGGUCAUUCUCCACAGGGCCCACUUCUUCCCCUAGCAAGGACUCACUGAAAGGAGAGUCUGAGGACAGAAAGGACAGUGAUGAUGAGAAGUCUGAUAGGAACAGGCCCUGGUGGAAGAAGCGCUUUGUUCCUUCUAUUCCUAAAGUGCCAAUCGGAGGUCUUAGAAAGCGGGACAAGCCAGAAAAAGACGAGCAAGGAGGGGAAAGGGUCCCUCAAGGUUUAUCAGAUGAGCCAUCAAUGCUCAGGCAAAGCUCCAAGACCCAGUCAGCAGAGGCAAUAAUGGACAAGUACAUCAGGUACAUGGAGAAACGGCCCACCCCCAGUGAUGGAGCAGCUGUAGGACCCUAUGUUGGACAAGAGCCGUGUAGGGAAGGAGACAGUGAGCAUGACUCUCCAAAAGACGAAGCUCUGCAAAACAUCUCUGCAGAUGACAUGCCAGACUCUGCCAGUCAGACGGCCCCACCUCAGUAUAAGACGUUCUCCUUCAGUGAUAUUAAGAAGAAAUUACGGAUGGCACUGUGCUCAGCAGAUUCAGUUGUAUUUCCCAUCAUUCCUCCUGCAACAACACGCAACGGCCUCCCAGACCACGCAGACCCAGAAGACAAUGAGAUCAGGUGCUUUCUGAAGGUGCAGCUGGCGGAGGCUAUUAACCUGCAGGAUAAGAACCAGAUGGCUCAGAUCCAGGAGACUACGCGCUGCGUCAGCCACCUCGACCCCCGCACCUGCAGAAAACUGCUCACUGCCAUGGCAGAGGACUACAGGAAGCGGGCUCCAUACAUCGCUUAUCUGACGCGGUGUCGGCAAGGCCUGCAAACAUCUCAGGCUCAUCUGGAGAGACUCCUGCAGAGAGUGCUGAGAGACAAAGAAGUGGCCAACCGUUAUUUCACCACCGUCUGCGUCCGACUGCUCUUGGAACACAUGGAGUCCAAAAUGCUUGACUUCAUCAAAGCAUUUCAGGGUUGCACAGCAGCUGACGAUAAGACUGCAGCAGUGGAGGAUUUCCUGCGUGACUUGUAUGGCGCUAUGGCCCACGAUGCCAUUUGGCAGUUCGCCAGUGAGGAGCAGCUCCAGGACGCCCAGAUGGCCAUCGAACGCAGCGUCAUGAACCGCAUCUUCAAACUGGCAUUCUACCCUAAUCAGGAUGGGGACAUCCUCAGAGACGAGCUCUUUCUGGAGCACAUUCAACGUCUAUCCAAAGUGGUGACGGCCAAUCACAAGGCACUGCAGAUCCCAGAGGUGUAUCUGAAAGAGGCACCGUGGCCCUCAGCACAAGCCGAGAUCAGGACGAUUAACGCCUACAAGACCCCUCGAGAUAAAGUGCAGUGUAUCCUGCGCAUGUGCUCCACUAUUAUGAACCUGCUCAGCCUGGCCAAUGAGGAUGCGGUACCUGGGGCCGACGACUUUGUCCCUGUGCUCGUCUUUGUUCUAAUUAAAGCAAACCCACCCUGCCUUCUGUCCACCAUUCAGUACAUCAAUAAUUUCUACGCCAGCAGGCUGAGUGGGGAGGAGUGCUAUUGGUGGAUGCAGUUCACUGCCGCCGUGGAAUUCAUUAAAACCAUCGACGAUCGCAAGUGAAGCAGAACAGCCACCUGUAUGGGCAAACUGUAGGAAGGAGAGAGGACACAAGAGUGGACGACUACACUUCCCUUCACCUAGAGUGCACAGCGAGGUGUCAGCUCCGUCUGUAUAGCUGUAUAUAGAGGCAGAAACACUUAAACUUUAAAAAUGAUCAAAUACUAGGUAUGAUCAUGGCAGGUUUUACUGUGGGGUAUUAAAUGAAUAAAAAAUUAAUAAUACAGCCAAGUGAAAAUGGCUGAUGGCGAAUUUGCCUCUACUGAUCUCGCUUAUAACCCACAUCUCUUUUUCUGUAGUACUGGGGGAGGUGCUGGGGCUUAGAAUUGCAUUUUAUAUAAAAUAUUUAGGAAGUCAUUAGCUCUAUUAUAAGAUACUUAUCAAAUAAAAAAAGGGACCAUGAACUACUUGCAGUGAUUAUGUUCGUGUCGGGGCGCUCCAGAGGGGAAUCAGUGAUUCUAGCUUCCUUGUGUAAACCGUGCAAUCUUAAUCCCAUUCAUAGCUAACUGUCAUAGAUGAGUCAUAUCAAAGAACACAUCACUAUAGAUGCUGCAAGUGUAUCAAUGUUACAGUUUAUCGAAUUAAUCAUGCCAUUAUUUUAAUAGGGCAGCUUGUUCUAUGAAUGUAAACAGGUGUUGUCAUUUAUUGUACAUUCUUUCCUAUGUUUCCCAGACAAUUUGAAAAUAAGGGCCCACAUAUUUAUAUAAAAAUAAAUUUUUUAUUUAUUACUUAACUCCUGUAUUUAAUCCUUUUUUAUAUAUUUACAGACUUGUUCAAUGAAUUUGUUGGACAGAUGGCAGUUCAGUGCACAAUUUGGUUAAGAACUUCUAGUAAUACAGUACAUUAUAAAACUCACAGAGAGCUGCUAAAACAGGGUGUCUUCACAUUAGCGGAUUUCUGUUUGGAGUUGUAAAUUAGUGCCUUGCAGAUAUUUGCAGUAUAUAACACUGGUUCUUUUAGUUUUGGUAGAUUUUCUGCCACAUCUUGGAUUUCCUGUUUUCCUAGAUGAGGAAGUCCGACCCAUCAAAGGCAAGCCAUGCAAAACAACAGUACUGUAGCAUAUUAAUCUGCAAGUAAACAUUAAAUGAAUGCACUAGAAACAUGACCAACUAAUGGACAUUUAGAACAUGGAUUUCUUUUGUUGUAUAUGUGGGAAAUUAUUAUUAAAAAGCAUCUUGACUGCUAGGUCUUCCAAAAUAUUCUGUUGUAUGUGAUCAUACCUAUUCAUAUGAGAUGUAUUAUGAAGAAGGCUCAGUGGGUUUCAACGCGUCUCAUUCGAUAACGUGGUCUUGAUCAUUACCGCUGUUAACCCUAAGAAAAUAUGUGUUUUCGGUUAGCUCGUUGCUUGUGUUAAGUUCCAUGUAUUGUUUCAGUAUCCUUUACUAGUUUGAUUCAAAGCCAUGUUAAUUAUGCAGAUCCCAAGUAAAAAUACUAGCUAGGAGGGCUAUUCCGCUGCCUACAAAAGACUCCCAAAUUUACAGUAGUGCCUCUUAUUUAUUAGUUUAGGGUAUGUUUUGAGUUUAGACAUCUAAGAACAUUGAAACACUGUGGCAUCCUCAUCUACAGUACUUGAGGACUGAUAGGUAAUUGUUUAAGUAGGAUAGUAUGAUCUGAUAUAGUUGAGAAUAAUGCGUCUGUGUUGUGAUGUUCAAUGUGCUGUAGGCUACCUCGUGUCAUUUCCAUACGAGCUAACUCAUUCAGUCUUUCAUACAUGAUUUGUGUUCAUAACUGUCUUUGCAAUUGAUAUCAAAUUAAUGUUAAGGGGGAAAUGCAUUCAUCAAACCAGAGUAUAGAAUAUUAUUUGUCUAUCAAUAUCUUUUAAUAUCUUCCCAUUAAACUCUGCACAUAGAACUGUAGCCUUGAUAUUUUGAUACUGUGUUGUCCAAGAUUUUCCCCUUUAAAUCUUUUUUUUAUUUUUUUUUUAUGAUCACCUGUGCUCAAAGAUUGCAGGAAAAUGUUCUGCAGUAGGGUUGGAUGUUGAUAUCAGUCGUAAAAUUAGUAGAUGCACUUAGAACAAUUAGUUCUACCUCCUACCAUGCUAUUACAAAAGGGAUGACUAAACUGUUGUAAUGCCUUCUUUUCCACUAGCUUUUGUGGCCAUUAGAGCUCUUUACAGAUUUUAUUUCUGUCCAUCUGAUUUGAAUGGUGCAUGAACUCAGUAUACCGAUUGCCAGUUGCUAAGCCAUGUAAAAUCUCUGCUCUUGCACAAAAUGUACCCAUCAGCUGUAAGAAUUUGUUUAUUUGCAGUGCACUUCGAAACAUUUAUAUUCUAUUUUAUUCAUUUUACUUUAUUUUUUUAAAAUAUGAUCCAAUAUAAACAUUUCACCCUUUCAAUAUGUUCUGUAUAUGGAAUCGGAUCGUAUUGAUUUAUAACUUUAAUGUUACAAAUGGCUCAGCCUAAAGUGUUUUCCAAAUCUUUGGUACUCUGGUUGCAAUUAAUGGAUAUUUUAACAUUUAUCAGCAAUUUCGCAUCUGCAUCUUUGUAAAUUUAGUUACCAAAAGAGUCAGACUAUAUUUUCACAUUUUCGUAACAUGUACUUUUACUGAGUUUUUUUUUUUUUUUUUCGUCUGUGUGUGUUAAGUCUGUCCUAACAAAAAGAUGCAGCUUGAGGUUCGUGUAACCUGUGGCAAACAAUUGAAAGAUUUCAUUUGCUCAUUGUCUUUUUUCUUUUCUUUUUUUUCCCCUUGUGUUUUGCUCAAGACUGAAGGGUUGAUAUUUUGAAUACAGUUUUGUGCAAUCUGAAUAAUCGGCCAUAUUCAAACCCACAAGGCUAACAGCAUAAUGUUUGAGGCCUGCGAUAUAAUGCUGUUUGGAUAAAAUUUACUACGAUCUAUUUAAAGACUCUGGUUUGCUUACUUCAACACAAACUUGCAUACCCCACCAAUGCGGUAGUAUAAACAGGGUUUUGGGGGACUGAAAUUUUUAAGACUCAGACAGAACUGCCGUAAUGUUAAUAUCUGCACAGGUAUGCUGACUGAGGCAUUGUACUAUCUGUAUUCAUUUUGAGCCUUACUAUCCUGAUCAUAUUAUGUUGGACCUCUAUUUUGAGUGAAGAGCAUGCUAAUGAUACAUAGAAUUAUGGAUGAUGGUUUACAUUUGUGAGCUUAGAUUGUCAAGCUCCUGUUGCAAAGGUAUUUUGUGUAUUAUGUGAUCUAAUAUAAAUCUGUACAUAUUUCUUAAAAAAAAAAAAAAAAAAAAAAAAAUAUUAAAAGAGAUUUUUGCCGUGAA